CUGUUGGGGGUUGUGAGGUAAUCUUGAAUGGCGUAAUAAGAUUUCAACGUCUACUAGCACUUGCUUCCUGCAGCACACCAAACCUUUGGGUCUCUCACCAACAACAUGUUGACCUUGAAUGGAGGAAAGAAACAGAUCAGAGUUCCUGACUGAGUGAGGACGUGGUUUUCCCUUUAACCAUGGAUUGAACCUGAAACAGUGACAGGGAUAGAAAAGCAGUGGAGCUCCAUCAUCCUGCCAUGGAUGGAUCAGGUGUUAAAAAAUCCUGCAGGUUUGGACUGGAACAGUGACUUCUAUCAGAUCAGACACCUGACACGUUAUCUCUCAGCUCAGCUUUCCUGCAGCGUUCCCUGGGGAGAAACAAGAUAGGGAGGGUUACUGUGUGUGUCCCUGACAAAAAAGUGAAAGGCACAAUCCCUGGAGACAAAAAGCUGGAGGAUUAUUAUGCUCAGCAACGUGGCAGUUUUCCACAGAAACUUUUUCGACAGAGAAACCAAUCGGCUGCUCUGACUUUGAAACUGGCUGCUCAGACAAAACCAGGAUAUGGAAAUCACAAAAGAGAGAUGCCUGUCGGACCUUUGCCUCUGGCUCAUAAUUCAGCAACAGACGGCAGCGUUUCCGAAAUCAUUCAGCUCAGAAAAAUCAACGGCUCCUCCUCGGAGACACCAAGCUACCAGCACCUCCACAGGGAGCUUCUUCUCAGCCACAAGCGGUACGUCAGAGGCCUGCUGCUGGAGGAGAAACCAGAGCUGAAGCGGGUUCUGGAGCAGCGCAGACUAGAGCUUCACAAGGAGGAGGAAAUGGCACAACGACGGCCCUCUGAUCUGGAGACGGAGCUCCGCAAGAGGCAGCAGAAGCUGCAGGAGUACGAGCAGGAGGAGAUAAGGCAGCGGGAAAACCAAAAGAAAAUCCCGGAGUUUGUCCGUGUCAGAGAAAACCUGAGGCGCACACAGACGUUUGAGCAGCCCUAAACUGCUGCCAUCAGCCAGUGCAGCCUCUCACCACUGUGGCCCUAAAAACACUGCCUACUCAGCGAUAAUUACAAAAACACCAGGCUAAUCCAGCAUUUGAUAAUCCUUUGUUCAUUUCAAUUUGGACUUUAUGUGUAGAGACUAAAGUUUUGCAAUUAUAAAAAAAAAAAAACUUCUAUGAACUCAAUGGUUUUGUUUCUGGUGAGGGAUUUAAAAGUUUUUUGUUUGUUUUGUUUUUUGUUUUUUUUUUACUAAAAAUCCUGUAUUACUAUUGGCUGAGUGAAAAAAACAAUGUUCUGAUGCCGAAUAUUUUUUUUAAUGUUUUUUUAUGCCUCUUCCACCAUCUUCUUUUUUUCUGUUUCAGUUUUAAAUUAUCAUAUUUAUGUCAGUUUCUUUACAUUGCAAGUACUAACAAACAUUUUCAAAAGCACUGUUUUCUACUAGUAAGACUCCCCUCAGCAUUACAAAAAUACAUGUUGGUUUACCUGUUUCUGUCACGACUUUUGGUUUGUAGUUUAUCUGUGUGUGUGUGCUGUGGAAAUAAAAGGUUUCAUGGUUUGGA